UCCUCUGUUUUUCUCAUCAUCCAAACAAAACUCAAAAGAAAAUGGAGGAAAAUGGCAGUAGAGCUGAAGCCCUACGCCUUCUAGGGAUGGCCGAGAAGCUUCUGCAAAACCGUGAUUUCAACGGCUCAAGGGACUUCGCAAUCUUAGCCCAAGAGACCGAACCCUUAUUGGAAGGUUCGGAUCAGAUCCUAGCGGUCGCCGACGUCCUCCUCGCCGCCGAGAAAAAAAUAAACAACCAUCACGAUUGGUACUCUAUCUUGCAAGUCGAUCGCAGAUCCGAAGACAACGAUUUCAUCAAGAAACAGUAUCGUCGCCUGGCUCUUCUUCUUCACCCCGACAAAAACAAGUUCCCUUUUGCCGAUCACGCGUUUAAGAUCGUAGCCGAUGCAUGGUCCGUUUUAUCGAACGCCUCGAAAAAAUCUCAAUACGAUAAAAAUUUUGGUUUUUUCACGAGGAUUGACUUUAGCAGCAUCGGCGAUCCUUCAAAUCAGUCAGGGAAAUUGCCGGUCACGAGAAGAGGACAAAAUCAGGACGGCGUGCAACGGCAGUCGAAGAGUUCUACGAUCCAUAGUGAAAAUCAAAGGCAGAAACCGUCAACAUUUUGGACAGCUUGUCCGUACUGUUACAGGUUGUUUGAGUAUCCAGGGUUUUACGAAGGUUGUUGUUUAAGGUGUCAGAAUUGCGAGAGAUCUUUUCAUGCUGUUUCAAUUCCAACACUCCCGCCGCUGGUGCCGGGAAAAGAAGCAUAUUAUUGUUGUUGGGGGUUUUUUCCGUUGGGGUUUUUGUUUGGUAAUCAAGAGGAUGGAGGAAAAGGAAAACCACCCACUGGAUUUUCAAGUUGGAUGCCUUCUAUGAUUCCCGGAGGCCAGACGGAGAGUGAAAGAAAUGGAGGCAAUGUGCCAAUUCCAGAGCCGCCACCACAACAACAACCAGCAGCUGCUGCUGCUCCCGUUAAGAAGGUGGUGCAAAGUAGGAACAAUGCUUCCAAUUCCAACCCAAGGAAGAGAGGGAGGCCAAGGAAGAAUCCCAUUUGAGGUUUGGGUUGGGAAUGAGCUUCGAUUUAAAGGGACCUGACCGGAUGGCAAGAGUGUUUCCGAGACAAAGACAGAUGAUUUUGCUGAAUGGAGAAGGAAGGAUAAGGCUGAGGAUGAAACUCUGCUAUGUUGGAAGGAAAUUGUUGGUAUUGCUGUAGUUUUGUUUUGUAGACUGUUGAUUUUUUCCAUGUACCGACUAGCACAUAGAUAAUUAUGUAACAAUUCAGCGACUUCUUUAGCAGUAUCUAUUGUUGUGGUUCGUUCGAA